GUUAUCGAUGUAUUAGUGUAUUUCUUACAUCCCUACACUCUAACAAAAUAAGAUACACAAGUUUGGGAAACAUCCGAAAAAAUGGAAUCAAAAGGCGACCAAUCAGAUACGAAACUAUUGCUAGUAACAGCUAAUGUCGGGAGUUUGUUUGAAGAUCCACAAAGACUACUUACAAUAUGGCUAGAAGAGUUUAUUAGCAAUGCAACAAGGGUCAAUCCCAAAUUUUUAGCUUUACAUCUACAAGAAGUGGGUGGAAAGACAUACGAGAACUCGAUGGGUAAUGUACAGGAAUUUAUCCGAUGUUUAUGCGAGGAAAUGGCGAAGACUGACUUUGUCCACGUUCAUAUAUAUAUGGACGAGGAUUUUAAGUCUGCGGAACAUUUUACUGCCCUUGGAAACAUUUACUUCGGUCACAAGGAUAUAUGUCUAUUAAGAAUUUGGAAUUUUCUUACUCACGACUGGGACGAAAAACUGGACAAAGGCAAUCGAAUAUAUUCUGGUAAUAUUGAAAACGUUCCUACUAAGGAGAAGGCAAAGUUCCCUCAGCAUUUUUUUCCCGAAUGUAAAUGGUCUCGGAAAGGAUUUAUGCGAACUCGAUGGGAAAUUAAUGGCACUGCCGUUGAUCUAGUCAAUAUACAUCUUUUUCAUGAUGCAUCUAAUUUGGAUGCAUGUAAAGAUUUUCCUUCUGUAUACUGCAAAACAAGGAGAAGAGCCCUGGUACAUACUAUUGAAAGAUUUCAUUUAGAUGAAAAAAAUGGAUCCGUUCCUUUUUUUAUAUUUGGAGAUUUCAAUUUCAGAUGUGACACAGCAGGCGUUGUGAAAGAAUUGACUGCAAAUUUAACUGCUCAUCGCGUGCAAAGUGUAAAGAAUGAAAACACUAAAAUUAAUUACCGCAAUUCAGAUGGCAAUAAUAUACUUACUGUUGGUAAAAAAGAAUUUUGUCACGCCGAUCAUCAACUUAAAUUCAAAGAAUUUUGGUUAAAAGACUAUGAUAAAGAAUUGGAGCCACUUCGGGACAUUUUGGUCGAAUAUCCAAUAUCUUUUAUUCCAUCAUAUCCUUUUGAAGAAGAUCCCGAAAUGCCUACUGAUUAUAUGUCAACCAGGUGUCCAUCAUGGUGUGAUCGUAUUUUAAUGGCUCCACAAAUCAAAGACAUAAUUAAAAGUGAUGAGUGGAAAUAUGAUAUGAUAGGACAAACUGUAUGCAUGGGCGACCAUAAGCCCAUUUACUUAACUGUUCAUCUAAAGCCAAACAAAGGUACUUAUAGAUCAUGUGACUGCAGCUGUUCAGCUAUCCAUAUUAAUAACAACAAUUUAAUAUCACCUGUUAAAUUCAAGACUUGUCCCUAUUUAGAAAAAGUAUAUAAUCAAGUUAUAAAAGAAGGUAAACUUCUAAGCCAAGGCAGUAAAUCACAAGACCUUCCGUUAGACUAUUUAAAAGUUGGAUGCCACGAAGAUAUAAAAAACGAUACAUCAAACUACCCAAGCAUUAGCAUUAAUAUAAUUGAUUCCGAUAAUAUAUAUGUUUGUAUGUGUACACAAACAUAUAAUGCGGACUCCCGCGGAGCUAAACUUGAGACUCAGCCUAAAAGUGGCAUUUGCCCAAUAUGCAGUAAUAUAACGAAAGGGCAGCCUGUUGAGCAUCGGUACAGGCUAUUAUCAAAUAGUGUUGUAUUUUCAGGAAAUAUAAUAGUAAAUCAAAUCGAUACACAACACCUUAAUACUUAUAUUGAAAGGUCGCACCUGGACCCGUAUACUCCAGAAAGCAAUGAAUCCAAUUCCCCAUAUCUUGAGCUUAGGAACAUACCAACAACUUCCCAAAGCAAAAGUUGCAAAAUAGAAUUUUUUAUGGAAACCACUGAUGAAGAUCAUAAAAAGCAAUACUCUGGGCAAAAUGAAAAUGACGACGACUUAUAUUCUUUACAAUCACUCCAUGCAAUCACAGAGAAACAGUCAAGAGCUACCGUUACACCUGUGCAGUUAAAAUCUCGAUUAGAGGACCUUCAGCGAACAGUAAUGUUUACUUCAGAUAGAGAUGAAGUUGCUUUUGGGAAGGGUGAUGUUCAUAAUGUUGAAGCUAUUAGCUCCCCAAAAUCUCUUUCAAACAGUAGAAAUCGCAAUCGUAGUUUUUUUUCUAUGUGUUGCAGUAUUCACUAAUUUUUAAGUUUUUAUUUUAUUUUUUAUCAGUAUUUGUAAGUUUUUGUUUUUAUAAAUAUUUCAAUUAUUUUUUAACUGUUUUGUUGCUAUAUUUCUGAAACACUAAAAAUGUCUUUUAUUUUAUUAAUAUUAAUAAAAGAUGUAAAGCUUACGUAUAGUUGAAAGUUUUCGAAGAUAAAAUUACUUAAGUUCACACCAAAGAUAAAUAUAUCAAUAGCCAUAAUUGACCCAUUACUGUGAUUUCGUAUAUGCAACAGAGUUAAUAUAAUCGAAAUUAAAUUGUGUUGUACAUAAUAUCCCCCCCUAAUUACCCCAUAUCACGAUCAAGCUGCAUCCAUACUUUCAUGAUUGAUUGGGACUCAAAGUGUUAUGUUUGUCGCUUUUAGUUACAUAUAUGUAAUUAUAUAAUGAUUUUAAGGAUGACGUUACGUUGGUUGAAAAGUAUUUUCAUUUUUUAUUUAUAGUGUUCUUUUCUUAUAUUAUUUUGUACAAUUUUGGUUUGUAAAAUUACGAUUUGCGCAACCUAUGCUUACAUAUUAAAGUCGCCUUGAAGCUAGGUAAACUUAAUAUAAAAGUUUAGCCAAGAAAAAUGAAAAAAAAAAAA